AUGAGCGACCACCACCCUCGGCUGCACCACCUUCGCUCCACCUCCCACCUAUUGAAGGAAUCCCUGUCAUCGUUCUCCUCCAAUUUCGUCACAUUCCUUUUCCUUUCUCUCCUAACCCUCUCCUUUCGAACCCUCGUCGAGACCGGCACCGCCCAUGUCACCUCCUUCAUCGACCGCGAUCCUUCCCUCCGCGCCCUCCUCUCCCGUCUCGACCUUGCCGGAAACUCCCACCACCAUGACCACGGCCACGACCUCCCCUCCACCGCCGCCAACCAUGCUCUCCGUCACCGUCGCCGUCCUUUCCUCCAUCUCACUCGUGUCGGAACCCUAGACGACGACUUCUUCUCCGGCGACGACGACGACGACCGCUCUCUCUUCGGCUCCAUCCCCAAAUCCCCUGCCAACGCCACCCUCCUCGCCCUCUCCCCCUUCCCCCCCACCUCCGCCUUCUCCGAUCUCCUCGCCGACGAUGGAAUUAGGGUUUCACAAGUCAUCCGCUCCGGAACCACCUUCAAUAGUCAAGGAUUGUCCUCACUGUCGUCGCGAACGCCUCGCGAAGACGAUAGCGGCGAUAGCGAAGAGGAGAAGCUGAACGAGAAUGCGGAGAGGAAGAAAGAGGGCGUGGAUUUGCAGUUUUUUGUCAAGGGGAUCGAGGUGGGUCGAAGGGACGCGGCGGCGCUGUUUUUUUUGGUGAGUUUUCUCUCCGUCGCGUACGGAUGGGUGAUUCUCGUUUUUCUCGUGACGUAUUCGUGGGUGUUGGGUGUUGUUUUCGUUUCCGUUGUGAGCGAUCUGUUGGGGAGGUUUAGCUCCGUUACGGUUUUGAUUUGGGAUGGUUCGAGGUUAGGUCUGAAGAGACUUUCGGGGUUUAUUCUGAUGCGUUGGGCUGUGAGGGACGCGUUGACUCAGCUUCUGGGGUUGUGGUACUUUGGAGAAAUUGAGGAUCAGUACUCGUUUUUCAAGCUCUUUGUGAGGUUGAAAUUGAUGCCCUUCUCGGUUAUGUCCCCUUGGGUUCGGGGCUUUGAGAGAGAGAUUUCUGGGUUCUUGUUUACUUGGUUUCUGGUGGAUACUUUUGUGGCUUUUAUAUUCUCUGUGGAUGCUUGGGUUGCCAUUGUGGACUCAAGGAAGAGUGGGAGGGAGAUUGUGAAGGAAGGGUGUUAUUUGAUAUCUACUAUGUUCAAUCAGGCUAUUCAGGUUAAGUGCUUGGAGGCUAUACUCUGUGGAUCCUUUGUCAGGUGGGGUUUGGGCCGGGUUUGCGGGAGGUCCUUCGCCAAGAUGUUUCAGUCCACCAUGGAGGUUUACUUCAUGGUCACUUGGCUUUUGUUUUACUUUGCGGCAAGGUGUAGGGAUGCUGAUCUUCAUGGUAGGAGGUUUGGACAGAGGGAAUUGGCGGGCUUGGUUGAAAGCCUCAGAUGA